AUGUCAGGCUCCCCUCAGCCGACUCCGACCCUCGUCAUUAGCGAUCUCCCUCCAAAAACUUUAGUUGGUAUUGACCUUUUCUCCUUCACCUCUACGCCGAAUUUCCACGGAGUCAAAGACCUUCCGGCUGGCGCGCAUUUCUUGUACACCGGAACAACAGAGAGCUUCUCACUGAGGAGUGGCGAAUGGUUCUAUAUUGAAGGGCAGGGUAAUGGACCUUCAAAUCAAGUCUCUCGUGCAGGUGGGAUAGAUAUCAGAUUGCGCAAAUGGGAUACUGCCCUGGAGACCCUGGUUCCCGUCGAUGAAAGCAACGAUGCUGGACGACAGGAGGCGAUGGGUCUCAGGGCUAAUCUGGGGGCGAUAUGGGCGUCCGGCGGUCUGCUGGCGUACACAUCGCGAUUGAACACGAUACCAGAGAAUACCACUGGAGCAAGUGAAGAAGGUCGUGGUCUUAUGAGUGGCAAAGACGAACGCUCUCCUGCCCGAGGCGACUGGGCAAAACUGUCGGAUCACAUAACCCCUUCAGUAUUGAGCCGCAUCUUGGGCCCGUCCAACGGUACAUUGGGUUCCUCUACACAGCGUUGGACAAUCUCGUCUGGAGGUUCAGCAUGGAGGGAUACAGACCAUAUUCCGGGCCUAUCUACAAAAGAUAUUGCCGAUGCGGCCGGGACUGCUGGUGAACAAGAGAAGGAUCUACAGUUUCUUCCAGUCAAUCUGAAGAAAACCUGGCGUGAAGGUGCCAUAGGACGUGAGCGGACUGAAGCAGCGCAAGAUCGUUCUUGGGCAUUGGGAGAACUAAUCGCACAUGCGCUCCCGGCUAAUCAACCACGCGACGCAGAAACUGCAGGGGAAGAACAGGUACUUGGUGAAUUACAAUUCACGUUCCUGAUGGUACUUACCCUGAUGAAUUACUCGUGUAUGGAGCAAUGGAAACGGCUCUUGGGUCUAAUAUUCACCUGCCAAUGUGCGAUAAAAGAGCGAGAACAGUUUUUCGUCAAGGUCUUACAAACACUGAGAAUACAACUGCGGCACUGUGAUGAUGUUGAAGGUGGAUUAUUUGAAAUGGAUGGAGAAGACGGUGGGACUUUGCUCAAGAACCUCCUUGCAAAGCUCAAAAGGACUGUGGAUGACAUGGCCGAUGCUUCUUGCGUUGAGUUCAAGAAGGAGUUCGCUCUUUUGGAACAGUUUGUCAAAGCUGAAUACAAUUGGGAACUAUCAAGGGCUUCCAUAGUACGGCGUGGCUUGCUGGAGCUGGAAGACGGGGAACAGGUUGAGUUGGAAGUGAAAGGAGCCGAGGAAGAAGACGAGACCAAGUGA